ACUCACUAUCUGACUCAACCUUAGUUAAAUGAAACCCCUCCCUCUUCACCACUUUAUAUUCAGUAUUCAGACAUUCACAGAAGAAAACACACACUAGAGAGAAAGAAAGCUAUGCUCCAAAACCUUCGAAUCCCUCACUCCGAUGGAGGAGGAGGAGUACCACUCUCUCCAUUCUCUAUCGAUGCCGAAGAUCCUGACAGUCAACACCACCUCCACGUGUUUUCCACCGAUCAUUUCCGAAUGUUCGACUUCAAGGUUCUGAACUGUCCACGUGGCAGGUCGCACGACUGGACGGAGUGCCCCUACGCUCACCCCGCCGAGAAGGCUCGCCGGAGAGACCCUCGAAAGUACCAUUACUCCGGCACUGCGUGUCCGGAGUUUAGAAAGGGGCACUGCCGAAAAGGUGACUCGUGCGAGUUCGCUCACGGCGUGUUCGAGUGCUGGCUCCACCCUCAAAGAUACAGGACACAGCUCUGCAAGGACGGCGCGGCCUGCCGCCGCCGCGUCUGCUUCUUUGCACACGCGCCGGAUCAGCUGCGCGUGCUGGCUCCCAACUCGGCCGAGUCUCAACUCAGCGACUCGCGGAGUCUUCGUCGCAAUAAAAACAACAACGUUUCUUCGCCUACUUCAGUUCUUAAUUACUCUUGCUAUUUCCCGGAGUCGCCGCCAUCUUCGCCUGGGGAUCCUCGACACGGCGUCGUUCCGUUUAGUACGGUGCGGGACUUGGUGAGCUCAAUGCGGAACAUGCAGCUUGAGGAAAUGGGCUGUGGGCCUCAGAUGGGCUGUGUGUAUGGGUCUCCGCAAUUGGGCCUAGGCCCAAUGAGCGGGUGUGAGGAAGAGCCUGCAAUGGAGAGAGUGGAAUCUGGGAGAGACAUUAGGGCGAGAAUGUACGCGAAGCUGAGUAGGGAGAACUCGUCGAUUGGGAGAAGCGAGGGUCCUUUCCCUGAUAUUGGAUGGGUCUCUGAACUACUAAAAUGAAAGUCAAAGUCAAAGUCAAAGUGUUGUGCUGUGUUGAUUUGAUUCUUUUGUGGCUUGAAGAAUUGGAUCGGUGGCCAUUGACUGCAUUUGACUGUGUAUAGCUAAGUUGUACCUUCCUAAUGCGAUUUAUUUGAAACAGAAUAAGAUUCUCUCUGUACAUAGUUGAGAUCCAUGAGACGUCAUUCUUGUUGUUUAUGUAACUCUUCUUAGGGGCAUUGUUUUUUGGUUCAAGUUAAAAAGUAUUUGUGGCUGCCGAUGAAUGUGUAGCUUGUGAAUAUUUCUACAUUGUGACUUUGGAUUUAAUUUUAUUUGAUUAAUAACGGAAUUAUUACUUGA